GCCCGGCCGCUCCCAGGCCAGUGCUUCGCCUGCUUCGCGUCGUCGCCAUCGCCGCGGUGCUCCCGCCCGUCAGGUUACCACAUUUUUCUGAAUCCGUGCGCCGCCCCCCGUCCGCACCAUGAAGCUCAAGACGGGCUUCUACCUUCUGGCCGUGGGCAUGUUGGUGCUCAGCCUGCUGGUCGAGGACGUGGAGGCCAGGAGGAAGGUCCUGCGCGGCCGCAAGGCCAUCACCCGCCAGUACUACAGGGGCUCCGCCAUCCCGGCCUGGUCCAUCGCCCUCCUGGUGGGCAUCGCCAUGCUGGGCGCCGGCGGCGGCGUCUACGCCCUCAUGAGCAAGAUCAUCCUCAGAGACACCGGCACCGACAGCGCCGUCUGACGCGGCCGACCCACUUCCGGUGCGCGGCAGGCCCGCGGCAGGCCACAUCCGGUGCAUGCUCAUCGCCCACGCCCGCCACGCCCGCGGUCCCUCAGGCGCAGGACACUAUGCCUCGCGGAGACUGCGUCGGACCGCGUGGUGCGAGGCUGCCCUGCCGUCCACCGGCACCGGUGUCAAGAUCCUUUUUCAUCUGGGAUGGCAGGGCAAAUAAACGGGGACGCUGUUUUCAAGUCUUGUUUGACACAUUCCAUGCCGAUUUCAUCAUUUUAUUUCAUAGUUUGUCACAUACAAUAAUACAGACAUACAAAUAUCAUUAAUCGAAAACCAUAUUGUCGUUCCAGCAUUCGAAUCACUUGUACAUAAUUAUAAUUUAUUUUCAUACAAUCUUUCUUGAAAAAUAAAUAGGCUUUCAUGGUAAAAGUA